AUGCAGGCUACAACAGCUCUCCUGCUGGGUCUAUCAUACCGCUCUUAUAACUCCGGUUUACAGCCUCAGGCGCAGGCGCAGGAGCAGUCACAAUCUAAACCCUCUGACCCGCUUACACCUGGCACUCCAAGUUCAGGGCCUGGAGUGGCGUACCCGUUACUCCUAGAAACGGACCUUGGUACGGCGAUUGCGUCGGCUAAAAAGGCCAUGCUUUGGAUCCAUGCGACGUCGCAGGUGGAUAUGGCGGCGCGGAAGGCGUUUGUUCUCUGUGAAAAUGUUGUAAAGAGGAUUGCGCCUGGGUUGGGGGUUGAUUUGAGUGAUUGGCCUGAUGGGAGUGGGUUUGUUGUUGAUUUUAAGGAGGGGAGGAGACGGGGAUCUAGUGGGACUUGGAAUGGAAGUGGUGCGAGUGAUGGUGAUGCCAGUGGCAAUGUCCAUGGGAAUUUGGCGAAUAGUCGGACUAGUAAUGGGAGUGGAAGUGGGAGUGGCAUGGAGUCUUUUGAGGAGUUGGUUGAUUUUGAGGGAGGUGUUUUUUAG